AAAGUAAAGAGAAAAGAUGGAUAGACAGUGGCUUCCGAUUCUGAAGGGCGAAACCGAAAACUCCGCAAACACGAUGUUGUUUCCAUUCCAACUGCCUCUCUAUAUCUCUCAUUAAACCAUCUUCAACUUCUAAACCAUUCUCUCCUAACUAUGCAGCCCUGUAGCAGAGAAAUGCAAGGGAUAAACUCCCUCUUCAACUCUUCUUCCCAAAUCUCCCUCCAGGACCUCCACACCACCACCGCCGCCACCGCCGCCGCCGCCACCAACCAGAUCCAAAAUUCACACAUCAACCACCACCACCAACAACCACUCCAACUCCCUCACUUCGACCCGACCUCUCAGGAUGACUUUCUCGACCAAAUGUUCUCCUCCUGCUCCUGGCCCGACCUCAACCCAAACAAGUCCUUGUGGGACCCCAAUACCCUCUCCGACCAAACCACUCCCUCCGACAACGACAAUACCAAUAAUACUAACAAUAAUAAUGUCGCUUUCCCCUACGACGAACCCUCCACCUUGGCCUCCAAGUUCCGCAACCACCAGAUCAGCGCCUCCUCUACAAAAAACGCCGCCGCAGCUCUCAUGCUCCAGCACCAACUCCUCAUGUCCAGAGACUCUCCUCUCCUUCACAUGCCGCUUUCCUUACCUCAAAACGACGUCGUUGACGCCUCCUCCUUCAAAUCCCCCAAUCCCGGCGGCGAGACUUCGGUCCAGGCUCUCUACAACGGCUUUGCCGGAUCUCUGCAUGGCGCCGGUCAAGCCUCCAACCAGACUCAGCAUUUUCAACAUCCUCAGGGAAGUUCUAAUCCGAUGCAAGGGCAAAAUUUUGGUGCGCCGGGUACUGGGGCCGCAACGAACCAAGCUCCGGCGAGUGGCGCGGCGGCUCAGCCGAGGCAGAGGGUUCGUGCAAGGAGAGGUCAAGCCACGGACCCACACAGCAUCGCUGAAAGGUUAAGAAGGGAGAGAAUCGCAGAGAGAAUGAAAGCCCUACAGGAACUGGUUCCCAAUGCUAACAAGACAGACAAGGCAUCGAUGCUAGAUGAGAUCAUCGAUUACGUGAAGUUCCUGCAGCUCCAAGUCAAGGUUCUGAGCAUGAGCAGAUUGGGCGGUGCAGCUGCUGUCGCACCCCUUGUUGCUGAUAUGUCUUCUGAGGGUGGCGGUGACUGCAUCCAAGCCAACGGCAACGGUAACCGCGGCGGUUCCCUCGCCCCGAAUUCCAGCAGCAACAACAACCAAACGACAGCGUCAACCUCGAACGACAGCCUAACCAUGACGGAGCACCAGGUAGCGAAACUGAUGGAGGAGGACAUGGGUUCCGCCAUGCAGUACCUUCAAGGCAAGGGCCUUUGCCUCAUGCCCAUUUCUCUUGCCACUGCCAUCUCCACUGCCACGUGUCACACCAGGAACCCCUUGAUCAAUGCCGCCUCCGGUAGCACCCAUAUUCCGACCAACGCCGCUCCCAACGCACUCGUCAACCCCGCCCUGGCGUCCAACGGCGAAGGCCCGUCCUCCCCGAGCAUGUCCGUGCUGACGGUGCAGUCGGCAGUGGUGGGCAACGAGGGCGCCGUGAAGGAGGCUGCCUCCGUUUCGAAGCCGUGAUGACGGCGUUUGGGUGUGAAAUAGAAAAGAACAUAAAGUGGCAAAGGACAGAAAAUGACGUGUGUUUUUGUAUGAAGAGCCGUUAAAGUCUACGAAAAUAAGGCGUCAGGGUUACGGAGGGGUCGACUCGACGACGCCGUAUUUACCUAGACUUUGUUUGGCUGAGGCUAACUUUCAACCUCCGUCUUCUUUUUCUUUGGCUUUCUUUUGUUCAUUGUUCCCUUUUGCAUUUCCGUCUAAAUAACAAGUUGCUCUGCCUUUUCAUUUUUUAAUGACUUUUUAUUAUGGUAUUGCAUUA